ACAUGUUGACGCUGGCAUUGGCAAAUGAGCCCUGGAGCAAUCAAGGAGGAGGAGUGGGCACAUCUUCGGUGGUGGUGGCCAACACGACUGGCGGUGGACUAGGCCAAAACCUGGGCCACUUGACAUGCGAGGCACGCAACUCACGCGGCGAGGAGGCGGAGGCGCAGGCGCGUGCUGAAUACACUGGCAACAACAAUGGCGGCCACAACAAUAGCAUCAUCUACGGCAGCAGCAACAUUAGCAACUCUGGCGACAACAACGGAACAGCAACGGAAGUGCCAACGAAAUGUGAGUACGCGCAACUCGAGCGUGAGAGGCAGAGCGUUAACGCAGGCGCAUACCUGCAACCACCCAAUGUGACAGGCAGCAGCAGCAACAACAGCAACGGGAGCAACACUAGCUCAAUACCUACAAUUGGCAGUGAGCUUUUCAAAGCCAACCUUGUGGCAGCAGCAGCAGCAGCAGUCGUCGCAGCUGAGCAGCAGAGGCAGCAGCUACAACCGUCAGCAGCAGCAGCAGCAGCAGCAACCAGCAGCAAUCAGUCAACGGAUUCUGGCCAAAAGUUGUGCAAAUUGUUGGAUUCGAGUGAAAAAUCAAAGCAAAUCGAUGGGCCAAGCCCUUGUGGCGACCAAAAACCAUUGAAAUUCAGCCAGGAAAAGCCAACGCCAAUCGAAGCCAGCAGCAAUUUGAACGAAGACGACGACAGAGGCGACAAAAGCGACAACGACGACGCGCGACGUAGAGAAAAAUUUGUGUUGUCUGCUCGCGGGCUAGAUAAUAAUUUUUUUUACCCCAGUGAAAAUGUGCAAAGUGCCAAGACAACAGAAAAAGAAACAGCAGUUGCAACAACAGUAGCAGCAACAUCAGCAGCAACAGCAACAGCAACAGCAGCAACCUUAAGCUCGAAAAAGGAGGAGGCGGGGCAGGCGCCAUUGUCAUUGCCAUACUCAAACCCAAACCCAAACCCACAUCCCUAUCCCCACCAGCAGAAACCACCCAGCAACUCAUCCUUGGCUGGAUGUGGAUGUGGUGUUGAUAAUGUCGCACCACACAUUUGGCCCCUUGUUGUUGUUGCUGGCGGUUACGUGGAUUACGUGAAGAGCAUCGCAGAUACAGCAGCAGCAGCAGCAGCAACAUGCAAUGACAACGCCAGCAAUUUGAAUGCAACAUCCGAGGAAAGGCUCAUCGAUUGCGAAUCCUUGGUGGGCAAUACAUCAGUUGCAGCAACUACAGGAGUAGCAACUGCAGUAGCAACAAGCUGCAUCGAGCAGGAUCUCAUCGAUUUUGAGCAAGAUUUGGGCGAGGAUUUUGUGGCCAGCCAGCGGUUGAAGCGACUGCAGUGCAAUUUUCAGGGACGCGUGGCCAGUAGUAGUAACAUUGAUUGUGUAAAGGCAUCCUUGAGACCACAACAACAGCAAGAGGAGCAACAAACAAUAAGCAUAACAAAGAAACUACCCCCAGAGGGCAGGCCACCCCAAACCGAACCCCAACCCUUAUUAACAAGCAAUACCAAUAAGGAAAACUCCAAAGACAAUAAGGCGAUUGCAAUUCGAGUCGAGCGAUUGCUGGAGCCAAAUGAAAGCGAAACAACAGCUGAAAAUUGCCAGGAGCAACAUUUGCUGAAUACGCGAAUAUUAGGAGAGUUGCCAGUGCGCAGGAUCGAAAAGGAAAACGAGCAAAAGAGCUGCGACCAAGUGGUGAUUGAAAUCGAAACGGAUUGCGAGGAGCAAGAGGACUCGACGAGGAGGCGCUCUGCCUUUGUCCCAGCACAGCCCAGUUGCAAGUCGUCCUCGCCGGCGGAGGAGGAGGAUUCCGGUGAUUUUGGGCCAACGCUCAGCGAGUUCGAUGUCCAGCGGUUCAGCGAAUAUCUGAAGGCCGCCCGCCAAUUGCAGUGGCGUCACAAUCAAUCGGAUUCGAACUCAGGACCACAACUAGAUCUCAAUCUAAAUCCAAGCAGGAAACAGCAGACCAGCAGUUUCCAGUGCUACGACGAGCUGCUCGCCGAGUUUGUGAGUGAGCAACAGGAGUACGAAUACGAGUACGUGGACGAGGAGGAGGACGAGGAGGAGGCUAGCAAUUCCGAGGACGAGUUGGAGGAGAAUCCAAGCGAUAACGAUAGAGCCUGCCAGUGCCAUGAGUGCCUAGCCAGCCAGGAGCAGACCACAGAAAUUAGAGAUACAGCUGACCUAGUAAAUCCAAAUCCAACUAUAAAUCCUACUCUAAAUUCCAAUUUAACCCACCUGACCAACGGCCACAAGAUGCGCGAGGUCAACGGUCAGCUGCGCGGGCUGCUCAAGAAGCCAAAUCGACCGCCGCCGGCGCGCAAGAAUCGCGUCGUCUUCGAUGAGACGCGCAACGAGUUCUUCGAGGCCGACUAUAUAAUCCUGAUCCGGGAGGAUUGCGCCUACGACGAGGAGGACGAGGAGCCCUGCACCUGCGGCGAACACGAGCUGGUGCGCCUCUGCUGCGAGGAGGGAUGCCAGUGCAACUAUGCCGUCAAUCCCGCCGAGGCGGUCGAGGGCAGGACGCCACAGAGUCCCAAAUAUCAGCCGCCAAUUGAAUUUGUGGACGAUGCGGCCCUCAGUCCGCCCGAUGGCUACAAGGACAGCAGUCUGAAGAACACGCUGGGCGGCGCCCUGAGCGGUCACAUCUUCGGGGCGCAGCACCUGCAGCAGCUGCAGGUCAUCCAGCGCCUGCAGCAGCAGCGUGCCGCGAUGUUGGCCGCCCGCAACACCACAAGCGGUCAGAUUCCGCCCCCGCCCCCGCCCGUCGGCAGUGCCCAGCAGCAGCAGCAGCAGCAACAACAACAGCAGCAGCAGCAACAACAGCAGCAGCAACAACAGCAACAGCAGUCACACCAGCAACCUCAUCACGGAGCAAUGCAGCAGCAGCAGUCGGAGGAGGACCUGCAGGGCGUUUGCACCGAGUGUGCCGAGUGCGCCGAAUGUGCGGCCAAGCAGCUCCAGGAAGCAGAAUGCAGCUCCCCGCAGUGCCCGGAGGAGAUGACUCCGCUCGGGGUGCCCGCCGUCGCCAUUCUGCCGCUGCACACCAGUUCCCCGGAGCGUCGCAUCACCCAGAAGGAGAUCAUCGCCGGCGAGGAGCGGCCCAAAUAUGUGCUGCAGUCCCAGUACAAGCCAUCACCCACAGCAGUGACCGAGCGCCGAAUCAUCCGGGAGGCGCACGAAGAUGUGGCGACCGCUGCCGUUCCCGGCGUCGCCUCUGCCCCCGCACCUGGUACCGCCCCGCCUUCCGUUGGAGCUGCUGCUGCCGCGAGCGGAGCGGAUAUGCUGCCGCCCGCCCUGCCGGCCAAGGCCAGCGCAACAGCAGCAGCGGCCGCCGCAGCAGCCGCCAACGCAACAGCGGCAAAUGCAACGGAGCAACAGCAAUUCGAGGCCCAGAAACCGCCCCCUAUACCUCCGAAGGAGACAUCGCCCACGCAGAUCAGUGGCAUCCUCAAGGGCGGCAAGCUAUGGAAGCAGGAUUCCAUCUCCCAGCAGUCGGAUGACCAGAACAACACCACUUCGGAGGACGAGAGCGGCGCCACCAAGCGCUCGGUGAGGUUCGUUACCGAGGAUCAGGCGAAUGCCGGCACCGACAGCGAUGCCCAGUCCCUGGCCGGCGAUCUGGACGACAGCGAGAAUCAGAUCAACGAGCUGAUCCCGAUCAAGAAGCACUCGACGCUCUUCAACAACGCCCUGCGGCCCAACUCGGCGGUGCGCCAGCUCUUCCCGAGCGUCUCGGCCCACCAGGCGCCAGUGCUCACCUCGGAGGCACUGCGGGCCUUCGACGAGUCCAAGCGGGCCGGCUGCCUGGUCACCCACCUGCCGGGGAGCUGCGGCGACUCCGACACCCUGCGCCGCAGCAUGGAGCGCAAUAUAUUGCGACGAUCGCUGAUCAAGAAAAAGGCUGUUAAGUCGGACAUCUCGCUGGAGGAGCGCAUCAAGCAGCUGACCUGCGACAUUGACGAGGAUCUGGCCGAGGAACUGCAGCGCGCCGUGGACGAGGACGCCGAAGCGGCCGCCGAACGGGCCGAUGAGCUCGCUCAGCGCAACAGUCCCGCCGGCGAGGAGAAUCCGAAUCCGGUGCCCGGUUCUGGUGCGCUGGCCCACAAGUUUGUCAACGGCGAGAAGAGCUUCUCGCCUAGCAGCUCGGUAUCGAGCUCCUCCAGCGGAUCGUCGGCCUACAAGAAGAUCGCCGACAUCUUUAAUCGCGACAAGAAGCAGGAGAAGAUCAUGGAGAUGGAGGAGAACCCCAUAGUCAUCAUACCCCAGGAGUGUCGCUGUCCGGCUGCUCCCGACUUGGGCAUGGGCAUCCAGGUGCCGGUGGUGCACACGCAGAUCCACCGCACUCCGCCCCGCCAAACGGAGCCGAAGCGCCAGUUCCUCUCCUCCACUUUGGCCCCCCUGACCGCCUGUGUGGCCGGGAACAAGGACGACCUCUCCUCGUACUACACCUUGGCCGCGGCGGCCGCCGCUCAUCCGCAUGCCCAUGGCCACGCCCACACGCAUGCGCAUGCCGCCCACUAUGCCGCCGCCGCUGCGGCCGCUGACUUUAAUAUGGGUCAGCUACUGGGAGCGGCAGCAGAAGCCGCCGCCUCUGGAGAUCCGGCUGCCCAGCAUGCGGCUGCCAUGGCAGCUCAGGGUUUGGCCCAAGGAAUGGCCGCCGCCGGAGGAGGAGGAGGAGCUCCGCUGGGCGAGGAUGCCCGCAAGGUGGCGCCAGAUGUGAUUGCCGGAACUCCAGGUCAAGAGGCCGCCGGGCGGCAGGAGCAGGACGAGCUGGCCGCCUUCGCCCAGGCGGAGGCCAAGCGGACCGAGCAGCUGAAGAAGCGGUACACGGGAGCCGGCAGCUCGGAGCCCAGCCAAUCGCAGGCGAGCAGCGAUGAUGACGAGCAGAACGACUAUGGGUUCAACAAGCGACCAUCCGUGCGCGGCAUCAAGCCCAAGUUCAGUUCGACCAACGAGAUCCUGGCCCAGAUGCAGGAGCAGCUGAGUGCGGCGAUACCCACGGUGGUCAAUAGCCAGCCGGUGCAGCAUGCGGUCAAGGGUUAUGCCAUGCCCAAUACGCUCAAGCAGAAUCCCUCGCCGCAGAAUGUGCCACAGAAUGUGCAACAGCAACAGCAACAGCAGCAACAACAGCAGCAGCAGGCCGCCCACCAGCAACAUCAGCAGCAGUUGCAGCAACAGAUGGCCGCCGCUCUGCAGAAGACGGAGCAGCGAACGUGGAGCUUCUACAGCGAGACCGGGGAGCAGCAGAGAUUCCCCAUGGAUGCCUCGGCCAUCCAGCAGACCUACUACCAGACCCUGCCCGCCGGCACCAUGUUCCGCCAGACGAUGAUCCAACAGGGAGCCACGGCAGCCGGCGGUGCCGACGAUGCAUCGCUCCUGUAUGCCGCCGCUGCCGCCGCCCAGAAUUGUCAGAGCGUCACGGCCACGGCCACGGCAACUGCUACGGCCACCGCCACGGCCAUCGAGCAGAGCAAGCACAGCAGCUACAGCAGCCACUUCGCCCGCAGCCCCACCAGGCGGCCCGAGUCGCCGCCGCCGCUGCGCAACUACCACCAGACCAUGGUCCUCAUACCGUACAACGCGGAGACCUACUCCCAGUUCGCGACCAGCAACAGCGGCGAUCCCAAGCUGGCGCACAUCCAGCGACAGAAUAUCCUCGAGUACCAGCAGGUUACCCAGCAGACGAUUCGUGUGCCCAUCGGCUACGCCCUGCCCGGCAUGCAGUUGCAUGUGGUUAGUGGGCGUGGCCAUGCCGCCCACUACGCUCAGCACCAGCAGCAACACCAGCAACAGCAACAGCAGCAGCAGCAACAACAGCAGCAGCAGCAGCAACAGCAGCGCCUGAUGCAAGGACACUAUCAAUUCGGACCGGAGGGCGGAAUGCCCGGAUUUAGCGAGCGCGGAGUGCCCGAAGGAGCAGCCGCCGUAUCGCAUAGCGAUUGCAAUGCCAUGGUAUCGCCGACAUCGGCAGCAGCAGCAGCGGUACAGCAGCAACAACAGCAGCAACAGCAGCAGCAGCAGCAACAGGCCGCCGGAGGAGUGGGCGUGGGCGCCCAGGCACAGGGAUCCGUGUAUUAUGCGAUGAACGUAUGACCCGCGCUCGAAUAGUCGCUGCCAGCGGCGGUCAUUGUCGAGCGCCGCCAGUGUCAACUUGUCGAAAUGUCAGCGACUUCAGUGCAUUUGGGGAGCGGCGGCAUGGGCGGCAGAUGAGCGCCCGCCCCGCGAAAUUCUGAAUCCGAUUUGGAGUCCUCGAGUUCCCAUGAGUCCCAUCCGCUGAUUUGAGUUGCCCCUCAGUUGACCCUAGCGAGCGUUUUUGAAUCAGUUUGAUCUUCCGUUUAGCAAGUGUAUCCGUGUAUCUGUUUCCGCAUCAGUAUCAUUAUCAUUACCUUUAUCCGUAUCCGUAUCCAUGUUGUCUGUAUUUUGUGUCGCAAAAACUCAAAUAUUAUCACAUAUUGUCCAACGGUAUGCUACAACACUGGAGCUUAAGAAUUAUCGAUAUUUUCGAUAUUUUCAUAACGAUAUUUUCGAUAAUAUCGAUGUUUUGAAGGGAAAGCA